UAUCGUAAAAAAGGAACAAUGCUCCUCGUGAUCAACAGACGACCACUAUAUAUUAUAUUAAUAACUGAAUUGAGAUGAAGGCAAUCUGAGUCAGGUAUCAUAUAAGUCAUUAUUUCCUGUACCGCCAAGGCGGAAAGUCCAUUACGGGGCUUAUUUGCCCUGCACUGUCUGGAAAUAGGAGAGUGACACACGGCAAUUUUCUAAUAUCUAUACUGUUUUGCUUGUUUCGAAUUCGAUACGACUGAGAAAAUUGAGCUUUCUAUGCAAUUUUUUCAUUAUACUAUUUUAUAGAAGUCACUGAUCAAAAUAUUCCUUUACAAUAAUAGUGUAUUAAUCAAAAUGUUGGUAGUGUAAACAGAAAUAUUAUGUAACAGUGAAUUGGUUGUAGCCGAGUUGUUAAUUACACGCGAAAAAAGGCGAUAACUUAGAAAAAAAUAUCUUAGCAGAUACGAUGGAAAUUUUUAUCAUCUUCUUAUUGCUAAAUUUAAUCGAUCCCUAAUCGCACUUUGUAUGAUACAGCCAGUAUGAUACAGCAGUAAAUUUUUCAAGAGAGGGGAUAUUACAGAAGUAACGUAUAUACCAUCACAGUCCACGAUACAAAGCUUACUCUCACAGCAAGUGCUACAAGUUUCGGAGAUGUGUUCUAAUUUUGCGCAAAUCUAAAUUUUAUAUCUGUUGCAUUAUAGUGCUUGUGACGACUGAAGUAUUCGUUUCGUACUGACUGAUUCAAAAUGGCCUUGUUAACGCCAUACUGGGGUCUGGAUGGUAUCCUGAUUGUGUCGUCACUGAUGGUUGCCGCUUAUUUGUUCAUGACUCGGAAAUUCAACUACUGGUCGAAACGAGGCGUGAAAGAGCUUGCACCUACGCCCUUCGUAGGCAACUUCAUGGACUGUAUUCUAUCAAGAACAUCAGCCUCGGAAUUUGUCAGGGACCUAUACAAUUACGCCAAAGAUGUACCUUAUUUGGGAUUCUACAUCUUUGACAAACCUUACCUCUUAGUUCGCGAUCCAGAACUCGUGAAGCACGUCCUAGUGAAGGACUUCAACUAUUUCGCUGAUAGAUACGCAAGUGCAGAUAGGAAAAAUGAUCGUCUUGGAUACGCAAAUGUGUUUAUGAUGAAAAAUCCAGGGUGGAAAUCUCUCAGAACACAAUUAACGCCGAUUUUUACCUCGGGCAAGUUGAAGAAAAUGUUCGAGUUGAUGCUGGCGGUCGCUGACGAUCUUGCGAAGUAUCUCGAUUCGAUUCAUUUGGAGGGCGAAGGAAAAGUAAUCGAGAUCAAGGAUAUUUGCGCGAACGUCACUACCGAUAUGAUCGGUAGCACUGCGUUUGGCUUAAAAGUAGAUUCGUUGCAAAAUCCAAAAGCACCGUUCCGUGAAUGUGGCAGAAAGGUCUUCGAUUAUGAUUUCUAUCGCAACAUGGAAUUCCUUACUAUAUUCUUCUUCCCUGGAUUAGUCAAAUAUCUUAAACCGAAGUUCUUUGGAAAAAAAGCGACUAACUUUCUCCGAUCUGUUUUCUGGGAUGUGAUUAAACAACGAGUCGAUUCGGGUCAAAAGAGGAACGAUCUCAUCGAUGUCCUGAUCGAGAUGAGGGAGAAAUACAAGAACGAUGAAAGUCUGAAGGAUUACAAAUUCGAGGGUGACGAUUUAGUAUCACAAGCGGCCAUAUUUUUUACUGGUGGUUUCGAAACAUCUUCUACUACCAUGUCUUUCACACUGCACGAACUUGCAAUGAACCAAGAUGUACAGAAGACACUUAGAGCAGAGAUUCACGAUNGCUCUGGCGAAAAGAAACUUGUGACGUUACCAUAUCUCGAUAUGGUUAUCUCGGAAACUCUUCGUAAAUAUCCACCUCUAGCAUUCUUGGGUCGAGUCACUCUUGCCGAUUACAAAAUGCCUAAUUCCGAUCUGGUGCUAGAGAAAGGUACCCCGAUAUUCAUUUCGAUGAUGGGUUCGCACUAUGAUCCGCAGUACUUCCCAAAUCCGGAAAAAUACGAUCCACUCAGAUUCACCGAGGAAGCCAAAAGUUCUAGGCCAAAUUUUGUAUACUUUCCUUUCGGUGAGGGACCCCACAUUUGCAUUGGUAUGCGAUUGGGACUCCUGCAAUCCAAACUUGGAGUCGUACAAGUAUUGAAGGACUACGAAGUUUCGCCUUGUAAAAAAACCAGAACUCCAGUGGUCCUGGAUCCCAAAGGACUCACCACGACAGCUGUAGGAGGAUUAUAUCUUAACAUUCGAAAAAUUACCACUGCUGCUGGUUAAACGAAGUUAAAGUUUUACGAAUCGCGUUAUGCAUACUAAUUUUCUACUUUGCUUGUGAUAAUUUAAAUAUGUUUUACUAUUCAUUCAACAAAGCGAAAUUCAACAAAGGACAUCGCUAUUUCUUUCUCGGGAGAAAUAAAUAUUUAGAUAUUAAAUAUACUAUAGAAUCGUAAUUCUAAAUACUUGAAAAUUGUGAUUUCAAAUAUCUGAAAAUAAGGAUACUCAUUUCGUAUUAAAUAAUAUUAAAUAAUACAACAUCUUAUUUCUGUAGAUCUUUUGUAUGGUGAUGUAUCGGAAGGAAGCAUAUUACAUGCAGAGGAAAUAGUUCUUUUUCACUUACGUUGUCACGUUCAUAUAUUUAUUUAAUUCAGUCAUUCACACUUACGUGUAUAUGUAAAAAUAUGUACUACAAGGAUAAACAAUUUGAUAUUGUGCUUUCUUUAAAA